AUGGAAUCUCCAUCGGUUAAGUGUCCGUUGACCUCUGCCGGCGGGCGCGCGCGCCAACCGCCCCCGCUCCCGACACGUAAACAAGGCCCGCUCUUCCGGAAAGGCCGGGGCCGCGUCACCUCGCUUCCCCUCCCCCACCUCACCCCACCCCAUCCGACCCGACCCGACCCCACCUCGUGGACUCCGAGCCCCCUACGGCUCGCCCUCACCGAAGCCCCCUUCUCCGCUCCUCCCGACACUCCCGGCUGCGGGCCAGUACCUGUGAAUGAAUGCGAAGAUGCCUCAAAUUCAAUCACGCCGCGUCGCCUCCUACACGACACAGGAAGCCAACAAUGCCAGUCGCCUCUAAGUGCUCCGGCUCGGCGGGGCCGAAAUUUAUACAACGUCUGUUGCGUCACUUAUCACUCUUACGUAGGCGUAGUGUUCCUGCGCCGCUAA